AUGCGCUUCAUCACUUCGUUGAAAGGCCAGUUCCGCUCGGACUCUCGGCCGUCCGAGCAAGCCGCCGACGAUAGCAUCACAGUUCCGCGGACUGCCAACGACGUGGAGGCGGCUGGCAAGACGGAUGACGGGGUCGACGACCCCGAUGCCGACGACAAGAUUAGGUCUUCCGAGCUGGUAGAGUCCGGAGUCGGCACGAUCGAAGCAUACGUGCUCAAUACCGAUUUUGUCCAUGAGGAAAAGCUCAUCCGUGAUAGCGAAUUCGACAACACCACCGUUGCUAUCUACAAUAACUAUGCGACGUCAUCUUUUUCGGCACUCUCCAAUUUGGCAACACUCGGCACAGCUAAUGGUAUCGUCUUUGCCGUCAUCAAGCCCCCAGUGGCAAAGGUAUCCAAUGUCAUUGGCAGAGGACAGACAUACAUCAUGACGAUUUCGUUCUAUGUGCUAGGCUACAUUUUGAUGGCUUCCUCUCAUGGCUUCGACUCUUACGCCGCUGGGGCCAUUUUCUACACUGUCGGCCAGUCUGGGACAAACAUAAUGAAUGAUAUUGUCAUCGCCGACAUCACUACGGCAAGGUGGCGUGGCUUUGCUAUCAGCUUUUCGUUCUUCCCUUUCUUGAUUACUCCGUGGGCAGCAGCAUUCAUCAUCGAAGACGUGGUUAGGCCCGGUGGCAUUGGCUGGCGCUGGGGAAUUGGCAUGUUUGCAAUUCUCAUGCCCAUCGGCGGCGCAUUCAUUAUUUCGACUCUGCUCUACUUCCAGCGGAAGGCAAAGCAGGAAGGCUUGGCGCCAUCUCAGAAGAUGACAUUGUACAGCUUCUGUUCUCAGAUUGACCUUGGCGGCUCAGCUUUACUGUCUGCGGGUAUCGCCAUGGUUCUACUGCCACUGACACUCGCUGCUGGAAGCGCAAGUGCUUGGCAAACCCCAUACAUCAUCGCACUUAUCAUCCUGGGCGGCUUUAUCCUUAUUCUGCUACCCAUGUACGAGAAGUUCCUGGCAAAGCAUCCGAUUAUGCCAGGGCAUUACUUCCGUAACAGGACAAUCGUUUUGUGUCUUUUUCUCAUCGCUAGCGAUUCCAUCGGAUUCUCUUGCACUCACACCUAUCUCUACUCUUGGUCCACAGUUGCCCGUGGUUUCUCCGCGCGGGAUGCGACAUUCUUUCAGUAUACUAAUGGCGUCAUGCAAUGUGUCAUGGGCAUCAUAGCCGGUCUGGCCAUGGCCUACACCAGGCGGUAUAAGUGGCUUCUCAUUUCGGCCGCAGUCAUUCGUAUGAUCGGGUACGGUGUCAUGAUUCGCCUAAGAGGUGCAGACAACUCGGUUGCGGAGCUUUUUGUCGUCCAAAUCAUUCAGGGUCUAGGCUCUGGCAUCAUGCAACUAUCGGUCUUAGUUCCUGCCCAGGUCGUCGUUCCUCACCGCGAGAUGCCACAGAUCACCGCUCUAGUCAUCUGCUUCUCCAUUAUUGGAGGCAGUAUUGGCGCAUGCAUAGCCGGGGGCAUCUACACGAAUACAUUCAAGCCGGCUUUGUACAGGUAUCUCGGCAACGGGGCCUCAAGACAGCUUGUCGAUUCGCUCUUCGAUUCGAUCGUUGGAACUGCGCCUGCGUGGGGCACUCCUGAGAGGACUGCGAUUAAUCAUGCCGUAAGGAAUGAUUCCAUUUCAAUGUUCACACAAUCAUCUCAGCUUACCUCUCACCAGUUUUCCGAUGUUAUGAGAUAUAUGGUAUAUACAGCCGUCGGAGCUUCGGCGCCAGCGCUGGUUUUGUCCUGGUUUUUGCCUGACUUCGAGCUACCUGACCGAAAUAACCUGGUAGAAGAGUAA